AAGAACUGUAUCAUAAUAUAUGUUUUACAUGUUAAGAUGUAAUUGUUUUAUUUAUUUUUUGUUUUAUCCGGAAUGAUGUGGCAGUUAACUGUAUAUUGAUAUCUGCAUAUCAAGUAGCGUACGCAGUAGCCUAUAGUUUCUGGGCAAUGUCUGUAUGCGUUAAGAGUCGAUAAAUACACUAAACGUUAUUAAUGUCACAAACAAACUACAAAGAAGAUCAGUUUUAUUCCCAUUUAAAAGAGAUAUAACUAGCGUUAGGCUCUGAAAAUAUAUUUCCAGCGUGCAAUAAAUGUUAUUCCCAGUAGGUGACGCUGUCCGCUUACAUGCAGCAAAUCCCUGCAAUGGGAGGAACACGUUGACUCGAGUCUAACGACUCCCCGUCUCGUCAUCAUUUGUAACCAUAGAGCAUGAAUUACCUCUUGAAGUCAUCAGUGAGAAUUUACGACUGGUCAACAAAAGCACGUGAUUCUCAAACGCACCCCCACCCCCAUAUUUGGCCGCAUACAUAGCAAAAACGAAGUACAGUGCAUUGCUAUAAUUCAUUAAUACAUCAUAAAUCGUGAAGCACAGCGUUAUAACGACCAAGAUCUACAAAUCAAGCCCUCUAAAACAACCUAAAUGAGCUCUUACUUUGUAAACUCGUUCUCAGGGCGCUACCCAAAUGGCCCUGACUAUCAGUUACUAAAUUAUGGAACUAGCAGCAGCGCUAUGAACGCCUCGUACAGGGACUCCGGCACCAUGCAUUCAGGCUCUUACGGCUACAACUACAAUGGAAUGGACCUAAGCGUCAAUCGUUCAACCAGCACUGGCCACUUUGGGGCGGUUGGGGACAACUCCCGGGUCUUCCAGUCUCAAGCCCCGGAGACGCGAUUCCGGCAGCCGUCAAGCUGCUCGCUCGCGUCUCCGGAACCGCUGGCUUGUUCCAACAACGAAAGCCUCGGACCCAAAGGCUCUUCGCCCCCUUCAGACCAAAACACCACCACCGCGGGUAAUAAUCUAACCAACAAUACACAUUUCACAGAAAUCGACGAGGCCAGCGCUUCUUCUGAGACCGAGGAGGCGUCGCACAGAGCGAACAGCUCUGCACCCCGGACACAACAGAAGCAAGAGAGCACGGCAACCUCCACUACCUCGGCGACGUCCGAUGGCCAAGCUCCUCAGAUAUUCCCCUGGAUGAGGAAACUACAUAUUAGCCAUGAUAUGACUGGACCAGACGGCAAAAGGGCCCGAACUGCAUAUACCCGCUAUCAGACGCUAGAGCUGGAAAAAGAGUUCCAUUUCAAUAGAUACCUCACCCGGAGGAGGAGGAUAGAGAUAGCCCACGCUCUAUGCCUCUCAGAGCGUCAAAUUAAGAUAUGGUUCCAAAACCGGCGGAUGAAAUGGAAAAAGGACAAUAAACUGAAGAGCAUGAGUCUGGCUACCGGAGGUAGCGCUUUCCAGCCAUAGUUGUACCCCAAGUCCUACUACGUGGUGUGCAAAAGAAAAUCACGAGGAAAACGAGAUGAAAAAUAGGUCUCAAAACAUUACUUACAGAGUUCUGUACAUCGCGGCACUUUUCGGCAUGUUAUGGAUGUUUUAGGCAUUUUAAAAUUCUACUGUGGUACUGCUAUAAUGAAACGAAAAUUAGUGUUCACAUGUUGUUCCUUUAAUACUAUGGUGACUAUCAUUUUGGCAAGUAAAUAAAACUGAAGGGGAAAGAAGCUAUCAAUAUACCGCCUGAUGUUCUUGUUAUGAAUAUUGUUUAUGUGUCAAGUGCUAUAUUAAUGCUUUCUUGAGAGUUAGCAUGUGAGCUCUUAAAUGUUAUAACUUAUUUACCUAUACACGUGUAUACCUUUUUGAGUUUACAGCUCAGAAACGCAUCUGCCCUUGUAUGAAGUGAAGCUCUAGUUUAGUGGUGACUGCAGUAAAUUUAGCAGAAGCCUCUGUAUAUUUCAUGGUCCUCUGUUUAAUCAUUGUCUAAAAAAAUCACAUUCAAUUUGUCAUGUGUUCAAACUCUUCUAUUAUUUUUGAGAGAAAAAAAGGAAAUGUGUAAAUAGUCCUCACUAGAUUCUUGUACCCGUUCAUACGUGUGUAUAGUUGUAUUCCAAAUAUGUAAUUGUAUAUUACUGGAUCAUGUUUAUGUUCCAAAAAGGAUGUACAUAUUGAACAUUUUUAUUGUGAUCAGUUGGCUAUUUGUAGAAGGCAGAAUGAACGGCAAACAUGUGGAAAACGAAAGAAAUAAAAUAAAAAAUGUAAAAUAAAAAAGCAUUGUCAUGUCGAACUGCCUGUUAGCAUUUUGCCAAGAAGCUUUUUGUAUUUGUUUGUAGUUUAACUUGGAGUAAAAAAAUAAAUAAAUAAAGUUCCUCAUAUUCAAAUCUAA